CGCGACGCGCCAUUUGCGUGGCCAAUACUUAUCAAAUUUAGGAACGCUGUUGGCGUCUAUACAUCACGUAGAUUGUGUUUAUUGAAAAAAAAAACAUACAUAUAACCUCCCUUCUCGCCUGUUUGGAAAGUUAUUUAUGCUGGAAAAAAGAAAAAUUUAUCAAACAUGAAAUUUAUUGAAGGCGAGGAAGUCCUCGCAAAACAACCAAAUACCUCGGAAUUUCAAAAAGGAAAAGUCGUUAAUGUAAAGGGAAGUAAUUAUCGUGUUGAAUUCAAAGGAGGAUCACAAUUUACAAUCAAGGAAGGCGAUAUGAAGCCAACAAGAACAUCGCGAAGUGCAACGAGAACUAGAGGACAAACAAAAAAGAGUCCUUCGCGAAAUUCACCGAGUCGACGAUCUCCUAGUAGAAGAUCUCCAGGUAGACUUCAAAAUCAAACUAGAAAAUUAACAUCACGAAGCUCAAGGCUUAUACAAAUUUCUGAUGAUGAGCGAAAAGAAGGUUCAAGCGAAGCAAGUGGAAGUGUUCAAGAUGAUGAUUCAGAUGUGAUUCCUCUUCAAUUACGAGCUCGUGACAAUGUACAAUUAACGAGACGUUCUAUAAGAAUUAUGUCGAAUGUCGCAAAAGCUGAACAAGAACAAAGAUUAAUUGCACUGACAAGAACCAUUGAUCGUGCAGCUUCUCUUCCAACUGAAAGGAAUGUUCAAGCAUACGACAGUAUUAGAGAAAGCAAAGAAAGAGGAUUUUCUAUGAUUAGAGAUUCAGACUUAAAAAAAAAUGCCCUCUACGAUGAUAAUGUAAGAUCGGAUGUUGCUGAGAAACAUAAAAAAGAAAUUGAUCUUCUUAGUAAACCACAAGAAUGGGGUGGCUGGUUUGGAGCUUUAAUGCUAAUAUUCCUAGGGCCACUUAGCAUUCUUUUACCACAAUUUGCUUGCUCGAGAGAUUAUUGCAGCAUUUCAAAAUUUCGUCUAAAUAAGGAUAUUAAAACCUAUUUAAAUGCUGAUACAUUUUUAUUCUAUACAGGAUAUUUAUUCUUUGUGGCGAUAAUGUCAUUGGUACCAAUUGGUUGGAUUGUUGAAGGUCAACAAACAAGAAUCGGUAGACUCAAAUACCGAAUUAAUGGUCUAUUAACUGGAAUACUGAUUUUGAUUGCAUAUGGCGUCGCCGAGUACAAAGGAUAUCAAAUAAGCAAUUUCAUUUUAUACAAUAGUGUAGAAUUUACACUUGUUGGACUUAUUAUUGGAACAAUUUUAUCAAUUGUUCUUUAUAUUAAAGGAGGUAGAGCGUCAGUAGCUAAUCUUAAUAUAUAUGCGUCCACAAAUAAUCAUAUUUAUGAUUUUUGGCAAGGAAGAGAAACAAAUCCACGAUUUGGACCUUUAGAUAUAAAAUUCAAUUUCAUCAGAGCUACUUUAAUUGGAUCGAUUGUUGUCUCCAUUGCUGUAAUCGUAAAUAUUUUCCAAGAAUCUCAAACUAUUUCUCUUGCAACAAUUAAUUUGACAGCACUUAUUGCUGCUAUUUUGCAAAUACUUUAUGCACUUGAUGGAUUGAUUUUUGAAGCUGUAUUUUUGAGUUCUUUUGAAGUUACAUAUGAAGGAACUGGAUUUAUGCUUUGCUUUGGAUAUUUGAUGUAUCCAUUUCUUUGCACUCUACCCGCAAGAUAUGCGCUUUAUAACAAGGUUUCUCAGUCUCCGUACAUUUUGGCUUUAUUAGUCGUCUGUUAUUUUAUUGGUCACGGUAUCUAUAGAUAUUGUAAUUCUCAAAAGGAUGAAUUCAGAAGAAAUCCACUUUCUCCUAGUCUAGCUCGCUUGGAAACAAUACCAACUGUAAGAGGUAAAAAAUUGAUUGUAUCAGGCAUAUGGGGAUACGUUCGACAUCCAAAUUAUCUCGGUGAUAUUAUUCUUCAUUGGUCGAUAGCUGGUUUAUUUAUCGUAAAAGAUGUUUUACCAUAUUAUAAUGCAAUUUUUUUGACAACGAUGUUAAUUUACCGUUCAUUCAGAGAUAACAAACGGUGUCAGCAGCGAUAUGGACUCGCCUGGGAGGAAUAUUGCUCUCGAGUGAAAUACAUGAUUAUAAAAAGAAUAUUUUAAGACACUGAUAAAGGGGGGUGUCCUCAUUAAUUUGCAUUUUGCGGGCCACAAUUGACGCUAAUCAAUUUUUAAUUCAUUUAUUCAUACAUUAUACGUGUAUGCCUUUUAAUUUGAUAUUGGUGGCAUAUCUAAAUUAUUUAUAAUUUUAUAAAACAAUAUAUUAGUGAUUAAUUAUUUUUUUAGCUUCUAAUUCAGGUAGUUUUUUUUUUUUUUUGUUUUUUUUUUUUUUAGAAAAUUAUUAUCUAUGUAUAUAUUUUUAUACGUGGAUUAAAUAAAAUUGUAUAAAGAAAAUUUUAUUAAAGGGAUUAUUCUUCUCAAAAUAUUUUGAGUGGCCCGCAGGCCUCGAUAUUGAGGUCAAAAAUAAUAAUAAUAAUAAACUUUGAAAUACGUUUAAAUUUGAAAUUGUAAUUCAUUUUGUUACAGGAAGAUUAAAAUUGUAAAUAAAUGUAUUUCAAAGUAGUCUCGGGAGCAAGACAAUACAUCAAUUAUUAUUGAUUGUUUAAUUAUUGUCAAUCGUAAAUUUUACAUGAUUUUAAUUUUACAAAAUAUGCCUGAGUCAUGAUAUUUACUCUGUUUUUAAGGGAUGUUUAUAAAUAUUGAAUAUACAUGAAAGAAAAAGAAAAAAAAAAUGCGAAAUUAAAUACACAGCAGUUAUUAAUAAGACUGUUGUUAUAAAUAUAUAAAUAUAUGAGACGUAAGUUUUAAGAAGAAUCCAUGACACUUGAGAUCACAAAUUUUAAAGUAAGAGUUUUAUACUUUUUUAUCAUACUUAUAUAAAUAUAUUAUAUUUACAUAUUCA